AAAACGGGCUGAAUAGAGAGCGGGAGCAACCGAGGAGGGGGUCACAGCGGAGCGGCCGAAAUUAAAUAAAUAUUUCAGACUAUCUCUGACAACAAGUUUCGAUUAAAAAACAGUUCCACUAAAACUAUGGCUGAUUCAGCGGCCAAAAAUCAGAAUAUUUCGCUCCUUGAAUCGGAGCUAUAUUUCCUCAUUUCUCGUUAUUUAACGACUGGUCCCUGUCGGAAAGCGGCUGAGGUCCUGGCGAGGGAACUGGAGGAAUAUCAGCUUCUGCCCAAGCGACUGGACUGGGAAGGAAAUGAACAUCCCAGAUCAUACGAAGAUUUGGUGGCUGCUAACAGUCAUCUUGCGCCAGACCACCUGCUGCAGAUCUGCAAACACAUUGGUCCAAUAUUGGACAAAGAAUUGCCGACCAGGGUUCCCGGGGUGCGUUCUCUGUUGGGGACAGGAAGACACUGUCUGCUCCGCACUGUUAAAGACUGCCGUCAGGUUCAUCGGAAAGGUUCCUCCUUUGCGGCCCUUCACAGGGGAAGACCACCAGAGCUGCCUUUGAGCUGUAGGGAACAGCCAAACCUAGUGGAGGUAUACCGUGGACGGGAGUUGACCGGCGUUCAGCGGUUCGGUUGCAUGAACCCUGUGAGCAACUAUGAGCACACAAAGAUGCAUAAAAGGAUUCUGGGCCACUUGUCUGCUGUGUAUUGCAUCGCAUUUGACCGAACUGGUCUCAGGAUUUUUACAGGGUCUGAUGAUUGCCUUGUGAAAAUUUGGUCCUCCUUUGAUGGGAGGCUUCAUUCAACCCUCCGGGGACACUCAGCGGAGAUCUCAGAUAUGGCUGUCAAUUUUGAGAACACGCUGAUAGCAGCUGGGAGUUGCGACAGAACGAUCCGGGUGUGGUGCCUCCGUACUUGUGCACCUGUAGCUGUGCUGCAGGGCCACUCUGGCUCCAUCACCUCCCUUCAGUUCUCUCCAUUUGCUAAGGGCUCAAAGAGGUACAUGGUGUCCACUGGGACAGAUGCAACAGUGUGCUUCUGGCAGUGGGAUGCUAACAGCAUUAACUUCAAUUUCAGUGAUCGGCCCCUCAAGUUUACAGAAAGACCUAGGCCAGGUGUUCAGAUGGUCUGUUCUUCUUUCAGUGCAGGUGGCAUGUUCCUAGCAACAGGAAGCACUGACCAUGUUAUCAGGAUAUACUGCCUAGGCUCUGGGAAUCCAGAAAAAAUGGCAGAGCUUGCUGCACACACGGACAAGGUUGACAGUAUCCAGUUCUGCCACUCUGGGGAAAGGUUUGUGAGCGGCAGCUGUGAUGGCACGGCGCGAAUAUGGCAGCUGAAGGAGAAUCAGCAGUGGAGAAGCUGUCUGUUGGACAUGUCAGCCACUCUUGCAGGCAGGUCGGACCUCUCGACGGAUGAGGAGAGCUUCUUCAAGUUGAAGGUGACUAUGGUAUCCUGGGAUCGGCACGAUAACACAGUCAUCACAGCUGUGAACAACCACCUGCUCAAAGUAUGGAACUCAUACACAGGGCAGUUGCUCCACAUUUUGAAAGGCCACGAGGCAGAAGUGUUUGUCUUGGAGCCCCACCCCUCGGACCCAAGGAUCAUGCUGUCUGCAGGCCACGAUGGAAACGUUUUCAUUUGGGACAUCACAAAGGGCAGCAAGACACAGCACUAUUUCAAUAUGAUUGAAGGUCAGGGCCAUGGGGCAGUUUUUGACUGCAAGUUCUCCCCAGAUGGCCAGCGCUUUGCUUGCACAGACUCUCAUGGCCAUCUGGUCAUACUUGGAUUUGGGAGCUCCAAGCCAUAUGAAAAGCUUCCAGAUCAGGUGUUCUUCCACACGGACUAUCGGCCCCUCAUUCGAGACGCCAACGGCUUCGUCCUGGAUGAGCAGACACAGCAAGCUCCCCACCUUAUGCCCCCUCCAUUCCUGGUAGAUGUUGACGGGAAUCCCCAUCCACCCGGGUUCCAGAGACUAGUCCCAGGAAGAGAGAACUUUGCAGAUGAGCAUUUGGUGCCACAGCUGGGUUAUGUGGCCACAGGUGAUGGGGAGGUGGUGGAGCAAGUGAUCAGCCAGCAAACUACCGAUCAGGAGGAGGGCGCAGGCCAGCACAGCAUUCUAGACAAUGUCAUCAGGCAGCUGCAGGAACAGCAGGACCGGCAGAGCCAGCCGGAAGCAUCAGGCCCAGCUGCUGUGCCGGGAACCCCACGCAGAGCAUCUACUAGUGCAGCUGCGGAGGUGCAGUCAUCCCCAAGUGUGGGCCUCCGGCGGAGCGGACAGGUGGAGGGCGUGCGGCAGAUGCACCAGAAUGCACCACGCAGCCAGAUUGCCACUGAACGUGAUCUACAGGCGUGGAGGCGCAGGGUGGUGGUACCUGAAUUACCUCCUAGUGCCUACAGGUCACAGGAAGAGUUCAGAACAGCAAAGGGGGAGGAGGAGAUGUCUCUUUACAACACCAGGAAACGAAGACUGACACAUGGGAGCUGCAGGGAUGAUUCUGAUGAUGAAAUUCCUUGUGGAAGACGAACACAGUCCCACAAACAGAGACAGAGAAGCUUCCGCACCCGUAACGGCCUCACAGAGGAGUUAAUCGAGUUCUCCUGCGAGGAGGGAGAAGAGACUGCCACCUCAGAGGACAAUGAAAUGGAAGACAGUGAGAUGGACUCUUCAAAUGAGGAAGAGGAGUGGAGAAGUGACAGUUCGUGCAACUCUUCCAGUGAGUACUCCGACUGGACACCAGAUGCUGGUUCCAACCUUCAGCCACCCACACCCCUCUCGUCCAAGAGGCGUGCACGACGUCGUAUCAGCAGCUCAGAGGAAGAAGAUGAUGAUGAAGUAGAGCAGCCUCAGGAUGAAGAGGAGCGACCUCCCCAACCCCUGAAGCCAAAGAAGUCCAAGGGAAAGGUCCCAAGGCGCCAAAGUAGCAGACCAUCUGUUAACAGGGAAAUCUCCAAUGAGUAUCGACCCUCUGCCUGGAUCACAGAUGUUAUUCCAAGGAAGUCUCCCUUUGUCCCGCAAAUGGGAGAUGAGGUGAUCUAUUUUCGGCAGGGCCAUGAGGCUUAUGUGGAGGCAGUGAAGAAAAAUAACGUGUACUCUAUAAAUCUGGAAAAGCAGCCCUGGAGAAGGAUGGACUUGAGGGACCAAGAAUUUGUUAAAAUUACUGGGAUCAAGUAUGAAGUUUGUCCACCCACACUGUGCUGCCUGAAGCUAUCUCUGAUUGACCAUGGCACAGGCAAACUCACUGACAAGUCAUUCUCUGUCAAGUACCACGAUAUGCCAGAUGUGAUCGAUUUUCUAGUGCUGAAACAGAGCUACGAUGAGGCCCGACAGCGAGUGUGGCAGCCAAAUGACCGAUUUCGUUCAGUAAUUGACGAUGCCUGGUGGUUUGGGAUCAUCAUCUGUCAGGAGCCUUACCAGCCUGAGUACCCUGACAGCCAUUUCCAGUGCUUCAAAGUCAAAUGGGAUAAUGGAGAAACCGAAAAACUUAGCCCCUGGGACAUAGAACCUAUUCCGGAGAAUGCCCAGCAUCCAGAAUCAGAAGGAGGAGGUGUCCCUGUGACACCCGAUGAGAUGACUGACAUCAUGUACAAACCGCUGGAAGGGGAGUGGGGAGCAAGGAGUCGAGAUGAAGAGUGUGAGCGCAUCAUCUCGGCCAUCGACCAGCUCAUGCAGAUAGACAUAGCUGCUCCUUUUGUUGGACCUGUGGACAUCGUCCAGUAUCCAACGUACUGUACCGUGAUUGCCUAUCCAACAGACCUUGGCACCAUCAGGAUGAGGCUAAUCAACAGGUUCUACAGACGAAUAUCAGCCUUAGUCUGGGAUGUUAGAUACAUUGCACACAAUGCAAGAACCUUCAACGAAUCCAGGAGCAAAAUCGCCCACUUUGCAAAAGUACUCACUGACGUUCUCCUGAAGUUCAUCAACAGCAAACCUGACUGCACUGAUAUAAUGGAGAUUUACAAUGCUGUAGAUGACAUGGAUUACAGUGAUGAUGAGGACCUGGAUGAUGCUGAUGCCCCGUGUACCUCCUCUGGGUCCAGACAUCUGCAGCACACUGUGGAGGUUGUCCAUGAUAAAGAUGCAUGGAAGGACCACUGCAAGCGUUUGCUAGAUUAUAUCUUUGAGUGUGAGGAUUCUGAGCCUUUCCGGGAGCCUGUUGACCUUUCUUCUUAUCCAGACUACAACAACAUUAUUGACACGCCAAUGGAUUUUAGUACUGUGAGGAGAAAUUUGGAUGAAGACCGAUAUGAGAACCCAACAGAGUUUUGCAAAGAUAUUAGGCUGAUCUUUGCCAAUGCGAAAGCCUUCACUCCAAACAAGCGUUCCAAGAUCUAUAGUAUGACUUUGCGGCUGUCUGCCUUCUUUGAAGAGCGAAUCAGAGCCAUCAUUUCAGACUACAAGACAGCUGUGAAAAGCAGUGAGAAGUUGAGACGCAGCCAGAGGUUCCGGAAGAAGGUGCAGCACCAGGAACUUCCUCUCAGCUCUAGUACCGAAACUCCCAGUCAACGGAAGGUGCUUGUAACAACUCAGGAAAAACUGGAAGUGUCAUCCAAGUCAAAAUCUACCUCCUACAAGAAGAAGCUCACCAAAGCUGCAUCUGAGACCUCAGGAAGUAACACAGAGUCAACAUCUGAUUCUGAAAGUGAGAGGUCAUUGUCUUCAAUUGACUUGGGGACAGAUGAUAACAGACGGCGAUCUGCCACUCGCAGUUAUCGUGCAAGAGAGGGCAGGGGAGGUGGACGGGUGACAAGAACUAGGGGCACAAAAGAGAGGAGGAGGCAGGUCUCUGACAGUGGAGGUGUAACGGAGGGGUCCAAUAAGGGUGAAGAAAGUGAGGACAGCACACAGCCCUCCACUUCCUCUUCGCGCCCCUAUCAGAGCAGGAGCACAAGAGUAACCAGAAACAGUGCUGCUGCUGUCAGGAAGAAACAUGAGACUCAAGCUCCAAUGAAUGGCCACAGUAGAGUGUUGCGCCAUGAAAGAAGGCAUGCUCCUAGCUCCGAAGAGGAACGCUCUGAAUCUGAUGCUUCCAAACCAGAGGAUGAGGAGGAAGAGAGCGUUGGACGCAGGCCUUCAACCAGGAAAACUGCUGUAGCUGCUGUUAGCAAGAUGAAGCUAAUGGGGGCCUCAGAGGAAGACGAGGGCUCUCCGUUUGAAGAGGAAAGCCGCAGAAAGGAUAAUGGGCGCCAGGCUGUUCGGACGGGCAAACGUGCAGCUGUUAUCCACAGCAGUUCAGAUUCAGAGGGGCUGUCAUCUGCACAAGGUUCUGAAAUUCACAAGCAUUCAAGUGAAUCAGGGGAUAGUUCUUCUCACUGUCAAAGUGGAGAUACUGCAGCAUCCAGUAAUCGUAGAACCACCAGGCAAACAGCCUUGAAAGGGAAAAAUGAGAGUGGAUCCCGUGUGAAUGGGAACUGCAAGAAAUACAAAAAAUGGAGAGAUGACUACUCUGAAAAGGGAGAAAGUUCCUCUACAGACACUGAUGGCAAAAAAGCAGCAACCAGCCGUCGGACGUCAACCAGGAAGACUGCAGCCGCAGCUCUCACUAAAAUGCAUAUGGCGAGUCGCGAGGAUGAUGAUGAUGAUGAUGAUGAUGAUGAGAUGGAGGAUUGCCUCCCAAACAGGACGAAACCUAACAAAAGCUCUGAUGAUGAAGAGUGCGAAGGCCGAAGUUCUCCAAAGCAUCCUUAUCAAAAUGGGAAGAAGAUGGAAAAGACCGAACCUAAGACCUGUGGCCCUCACAAUAAGUAUUCAGGGAAAAAGAAAAAGUCAGCGUUAAAUGAAGGAAAGCAGUCUUCCCCAGAUCCAGACAUUCGGGGUAAGCCACAUGGAAACUUCUCUACUUCAAAGUCUGGUGAACUUGAUAUUCCAAAGAGGCUAAGGGUGAGAAGAAAAGAGUUGGAGUCUGAGGAAGAAGAGCUGAAAGAGAGAAAUGCUGGCAGACCAGAUGAUGAAACUAGCAAUUCUAAUAGAAGACGACAGCUGCAAAAGAACAGGAAUGGACCUAAAAUGCAUGGCAGCCAUUCUUCAGAAGCAAGGCCACAAAAAAAAUCUCAUGUUAUAGUGGAUGAUUCUGAAGGUGGAGGGGAGGAGGGCAUCCCCCCAAAAAUCAAAACCAUAAGAAAAAAGCAGUUUGCAUCUUCUAAUGACUCAUCAGAAGGAAAGAGUGAAGAGUCAGAGAGUGACAAGAACACAAUCUCCAACAGAAGGCCUUGUCUUCGGCCUUUGGUAAAAAAGAAGUAUGUCAGCGAUGACUCAGAAGACAACUCAAACUCCAGUAGCCAAAGUCGGUCAACCAGCAAAACCAACACUGCUACAACAAAAAGAUUCCUUCGUGAACGGGGUAAAGCUCAAAAUGGCAAUUCAAAAAAUGGCUCCUGCAAAAGGAAAUACCUUUGUACAUCGGGAUCUGAGGAUGAAUCUCAAGGUUUAAAGCAGGGCACAUCAGACAUGGAAGAAGGCGGCGGGGAUAACCUGAAAAGAACUCGGGCUAAACGAAGCAGGACCAGACCACAGACUGAGUCUGAAACAGAGGAUGAGCAGAGGAGGGGCAACUUGUCGAUUUGCAGUGGGCCAAACAAAUCGACUGAGGGUGACAUUGGGUCUUCAGGUGGACUGAGGUCAGUGUUCAACUCCCGACGCCGGGGUGGUUACAGCAGCAGUAGUGCCUCUGACUAUGAUGUGGACGAGGAAUCAUCCCCCUCCAAGUCACAGUCUCCCAGCUCAGGGUCUGAGAGCAGCCCAAAGCGAAGAAAUGGUAGAAUGCAAAGGGUUGUAAAAGCCAGAAAAAAGAGGCGAAAGAUGUCAGAGGCAGAGAGCAAUGACAAAUAUGGGAAGCUGCGGAGAUGCACGACGAUCAGGACACGAAACUGUGGCAGACGGACUGUGACAUAUCAUGACAGCGAAUGAAGGACCGCUGCAUGACCGGUUAGGCUGAAUAGUCUCAAACGCUAAGAGCAGACCUUAAAGACACUUAUUGUCACUGAUUGUCACAAAAAACGGUAGUAGCACUGGAACCUUUAAAGCAAAAAAUGCUGUGAAUCUUGUUUCAUUCAGGGAUAUUUAUAUUUUCUGUGAAAACAUAAAUUGUAUUGAAAGAAGCGUUUACCGCUGGCUUGACAUGGGGUUUGAACAGAAGUCAAGCUAUCUCACAUGCUUGGGGCAAAUCAUUAAUUGAUUUCAGGGUUAAUUUAGCAAAUGGUAACCUGCUUUUUUUUUUUUUUUUUUUUUUUUUUUUU